UGAAGGCCGAUCUGUGAUCUGGAAACAAAAGCUCCCAUUGGUAAAGGUUCUAAAGAACCAGGGACUCAGAAAGAGCCUGUCCUUCUGGUGACCCACUGAAUCCACCUCGGUGCUAAUGGAGGCACAGACAGAUCCAGGUCCAACCUCUUUGAAGUCGUAGCUCCCAGCAGCCCCCAGCCUAAUGUCUAAUGGUAGAUGUGGCACUUUGCCUUGCCACAGAGACAGCUAAAUCCUUGGCCCCUCACCUGCACCUUCCCCAUCCCCAAAACACUGAGAGUGACAGAUACGGAGUGGAAGCCAUCCAGGAAAGGUUCAAGGCCUGUCGAUCACAGCGCAGUAUCCCAAGUUUCUCGGAGAAUCCAAGAAAGUAACAGUGUAUAUAUAACAAACAGCAAGUUCAUGCAUUUGUGUCUCUUCCCCCCUAGCAAGGCAGAACUCCGCUAGAAUGUUCUUUCUUGCUCCUUAUCCUUGCUUAUAACCUGCAAAAUGCAAUGGCUGAAAGCCCCCUCUCUGUGAAGCAGCAGACUUGGGGGGGAGGGAAUGGGGGGGGGGUGAUGCAACUUAGGGGCCCGUGCCUGUAAGCAUCUACCUCUUCACCAGCCCCUAGAGCUCAGCCUUCUAACCAAGCAGCCUCCCAGGGGAGAUGGGACCAGCCUUCUAACAGCUAUGGUUGGGGUGAUGGGGGUGGCUGGGCAGGUGCUAUCCGGGGUCAGAUUUGUGCUAGAAGUGACAGGCAGAAUGCGUCUCAGUGUCCUCUCUAUUUACCCGCUCCUUCUGGUGCUCACUCUGGGCCACUGGCUCUCCAGAGACCCUGCUCUGCCGUUUCCGGCGCUGGAACCCCGAAUAUGCCAUUGCCCUCCUGUCUGUCUGUCUGUCUGUCUGCCUGCCUGCCUGCCCGCCUUGUCCAUGGAGUUAAUAACUUUUCUAAAACUCCUUAGCUCCAGUAAUCCAUCAGUGAACUCAUGAACCACCAGACUGGUCACAGUUCAAACUCUAACAGUUAUGACUAGUCCCAGAAAUCUCACAUAGGGACCGCCGAGCUGCGGCGGGAAACCUGUACAAUGACUUGUGCUUAGGGAGAAGGCAUCGCGAACCCGCUCGUUUGUUUGUUUCCUAACUAAUUAACAAAAAGUUUAAAGGCCGUGCUGGAGGAACGCACAGUGCUGCUGCGGAAGUCGGGAGUUCGGUUCCCGUGUAGGGAGGCUCACAACCGCUCGUCGCUCGGGCUUGCGGGGUCAUCUGCCGCCUUUGGCUUCCCGUCGCCUGCGCUCACGCGCACGAACCCACACAGACACGUCGAUAAAAGACACAGAGAGGCCAUUUACACAGAGGGCGCCUGACUUGCCGGCGGGGCCGAGUCCGGGGCCGCGGCGGCGGAAGGAAGCGCUGGCCCGGCUCGGCGGCGGGUGUGAGCCCGGGGGAGGAGCCUGCGCGGCCGGGCGGCUGGGCGCAGCGGCCCAGCCAUGUCCGCCGAGGAGAUGGUACAGAUCCGCCUGGAAGACCGUUGCUACCCGGUGAGCAAGAGCAAACUGAUCGAACAGAGCGACUACUUCCGCGCGCUCUACCGCUCCGGCAUGCGCGAGGCCGUGCGGCCCGAGGCCGGCCCCGAGGUACAGCAGCUACGCGGCCUGAGCGCACCGGGCCUGCGACUGGUGCUGGACUUCAUCAACGCGGGCGGCGCGCGCGAGGGCUGGGGCCUGGCGGAGGACGAGCUGGCCGAGGCUAGCGUGCUGGCCGAGCUGGUGGAGGCCGCGUCCUUCCUGCAGGUCACGGCGCUGCUGCGCCUGUUGCUGUCGCAUGUGCGUCUGGGCAACUGCUUGGAGCUGUACCGCCUGGCUCAGGUGUACGGGCUGCCCGACCUGCAGGACGCCUGCCUGCGCUUCAUGGCCCUGCGCUUCCACCAGGUGCUGUGCCAGCCGCACUUCCCGCUGCUGCUGUCGCCGCCGCCGGGUCCCGGAGACUGCAGCCUGAAGCAGAGGCUGAGGGAGGACCGCAUGCGCGGGACCCCGGUCCUAGUGGCCCUGGGGGACUUCCUCGGGGGACCCCUGGCCCCGCAUCCCUAUCAGGGGGAACCCCCGUCCAUGCUUAGGUACGAGGAGAGCACGGAACGCUGGUUCCCGCUGGCCAACAACCUGCCCCCUGACCUGGUGAACGUCAGGGGCUAUGGCUCAGCCAUCUUGGACAACUACCUCUUCAUCGUGGGCGGGUACAGGAUCACCAGCCAGGAGAUCUCGGCCGCACACUCCUACAACCCCACCACCAACGAGUGGCUGCAGGUGGCCUCCAUGAACCAGAAGCGCUCCAACUUCAAGCUUGUGGCCGUCAGUUCGAAGCUCUACGCCAUCGGCGGGCAGGCGGUGUCCAACGUGGAGUGCUACAAUCCUGAACAAGAUGCGUGGAAUUUUGUGGCUCCCCUGCCAAAUCCUCUGGCGGAGUUCUCUGCUUGCGAGUGCAAGGGGAAGAUUUACGUCAUUGGCGGCUACACCACCCGAGAUCGCAACAUGAACAUCCUGCAGUACUGUCCGUCCUCUGACCUCUGGACGCUCUUUGAGACCUGUGACGUCCACAUCCGCAAGCAGCAGAUGGUGUCCGUGGAGGAGACCAUCUACAUGGUGGGCGGGUGUCUCCACGAACUGGGGCCAAACCGCAGGAGCAGCCAGAGCGAGGACAUGCUCACCGUGCAGGCCUACAACACGGUCACCCGACAGUGGCUCUACCUGAAAGAGAACACGUCCAAGUCGGGCCUGAACUUGACCUGUGCCCUGCACAACGACGGCAUCUACAUCAUGAGCAGGGACGUCACCCUGUCCACCAGCUUGGAGCACCGGGUGUUCCUCAAGUACAACAUCUUUGCCGACAGCUGGGAGGCCUUCCGGCGGUUCCCAGCCUUUGGGCAUAACUUGUUGAUUUCCUCUCUCUAUCUGCCCAACAAAGCAGAGACCUGAAUGAUUUAACAGUAUCAGAAGAACAAUCCGGUUCAAGAGGGGAGGAAGGCAACCCUCUGGCUUUCUGACUCCUGAAGGGCACAGUAGAUUAACAUAGGCCAUGUAUGUCGGAGGCUUGGCUGGCUGUAAAUAAGCUUACUUGAAAACUUGGGGGAAGGACACCAACAUUAUCCCUUCUAGUCUGUUUUACACAUCAUGGGAACAAAUGUCAUAAGUAUUCUUCCAAACCUAACAGUCUUGGGCCAACGACCAAAACUCAGCAUUAGAAAGUAGACAGCCAGGGUCUGCCCCACAAGGACCGAGGUCAGCAUCUGACACAAUGGACUAUUUGGAUGGCUUUUUUUUCUAUGUUUUACCCUCUGGGGGUGGAACCUAGGGCCUCAUGUUAGUCCUGUAAAGAUGACUUUUUUUAAAAAAAAAGCUAUUUCUUUAGGUCACCUGAGAUGUCAGGAGUAGGGGAUUUUCCUCUUUCAUGUUCAGGGUUUUUUUUUGACAAGCGUUAGGAACCUCCUCCCCCCCACUCUGGUCUCUCUUGUCACCCAGCUUCUCUGGUCAGGCGCCUUAUUGUAUAUGUGUUUCAGGGACCCUCAGGUGUGUUCAGCCUUUUGACAUUUAGGACUUGCAUUACCGUUUAUAAAGUUCAUGUACAAUUGAGUUACCUUAGAAAAAAAAAAACCCUAAUGUUUUAAGUAAGGUCCUGAUGUUGAGUUAGCUAGUUAUAGCUGUCCUCGGGGGCCCACAAGUUGUGACUACCUCGCGUGCUGCAAUGGUAGAGCCAGACAGAGACUCCGCGCACGCAGCUGGUUCUUCCACACUUGGAUGAGCGCAUGCUAGCUACUUCUCCAGUCUGCCUGCGGUUGAGAAGGCUGCACAAACAGGCUGCUCAGCCUCUUCGGCUGUGUGCGGCAAAUGCAGGCCUGUGUAGGCCACAGACCCUGCGUUGUGAGGUCUCUGUUUUUAGAAGAUUGCUCUUGACAUUUUAUAAAUGGAGCCUUAAAUGAGGAGUACUGCAUAAGGAGAACAUGCCUUUAUGAGUUACUUUUAUUGAAUGUAUUGAAUGUUUAGAUCUUGUUUCAAGAUUUAAAAUGAAAAACGAACAGACAACUUUUGCACAUCUGGAUGAGGAUUCCUGCGUAGGGGCAGAUGUGCGGUCACCGCGUGCCUUUAAAGGCCAGGUGGCUGUAGCUCAUUUACGUUGGAAAGCGGGGGGUGAGAUUCUGCACAGACACUAACGGCCUCUGCUGGCAUGUCUGAAGUGAGGUGCUGGCUCGUGGCUCCCAUGCUGACAGCAGUGAGCAACAGCUCUAGAGAUUUCACCGAGGCGGUUCACGAUGAAUAAAGGGAUCUGCCAAUCAUGGGUCCGUGUUUCUUAAAAAGACUUAAGAGCCCACUUAGCAUGCACGAGAGGCCCUGGUUUUAAUCUCCAGCACUUACAGCAACAAGGCCCUCACCUACAGGAAUUUCGAUUGAAGAGCUUUCGCUAUGACCAGCCGCUCUCUUGUAGAGUCGGCUAACCGGCCAGCAGUGCCCGGUCAGUACCAGCCGCCUUACACAGUUAAGAAAGCUCCGUAGAAAAGCCAAAACUACAGGCAGAUCCAUUCCUCUCGGCUGCUCUCCCAGUGGCUGCUCACGCCGAGGGGGAUGACAAGCCCACCCCAAGUAUCUUCAGGGUUUCCUUACAGCCGUGCCUCUAAUAUACCCAGAGAGCCUAUUUAUAAAACUUCUAUUUGCACAGCUAUUUAAAAAUUCUGUGUUCGAGGCCAGCCUGAGCUACAGAAUCCUAGGAUAGCCAAGACUACACAAAGAGACCCCAUCUCGAAAAACAAAACAAAACAAAAAAAAUCUGUUAGUGUUUAUUUGGGACUUGGUGACAGAUCUCAGGGUCUUGUCACCAAAUCUACUAGUAGCUGUCCAGUCUGUAACCUGCUUAUAAUGCUGUUGGAAGCUUGCAAGCCAUUGCCUUAUAGCCCAGGAUAACCCCAAAGUCAGGAUUCUCAGCCUGGCCUCCCCACUGCUGGGACUGUAGGCUUCGAGCAACCCUGCCUUUAUUUCUUUUUCCAUUAUUUUUUAAAAUUGUUUAUGCUGGGUUCUUUAAAAAAAAAACUCUGAACUGAAAUUGUCACCAAAAAGUGGUACUUAUAAAUAGAUUUAAUUUAUAUUUUGCUGUAGAACUGAGUUUCGGGGAGUCUACGAUUUCACUAUUGCACCUUAGAAUCUAAUUUAUGUUCCCCACUGUGACUCUCCACGCCUUCACUGUAUGCAGACCAAACCCAUAUUCAGAGAUGAUGGGAGUUGAGUUAGCAUUGGGCAGAGAUGGGCGGUUAAAGGCACAUCAUUGUGUCUGCCAGUCAACCACUUCUCUUCCCAAGCGCCGUCUUUUGGGCGUAUUUCCUAAUGCCAGCAACUUGGACCAAAUGGAGGUGUGCCACUGUCAUCUGCCAAGCUCGUAGGAACCUGGCCUGGUAGGUCGCCCUUGUACUGUUGAUGGGUAUGAGGAUCCAGAUGCACAGACUCCCAACGGAAUUUUGUUAUUCUUGCUGCCAGCAGUGCUUAGAGACAGACUGGGUGGCUGUUAUGGUAUCCAUCUGCCUGCGCCUUCACCCGUGUGGGUGUUUUGAUAGCUAGAGCUUCCUUCUGCUAGUACCAGUUGGAGGCUUCAGCCAAUGGCUGUGUCUUUGAAACCCCUCCCACCUUCAGGCAGCUCCUUAGAUGAUACUGUCUUUUUAUUUCCUUCCCGUUCCCUAUUGCCUUACCCACCCCCAGAUGUUCCUGAGGGGUUCCGAUCCCACUGUGUGGCAGAAAGUGUCUGGGAGGACCCCCAGUGGGGGUCUGGUGCAUGGGUUGGUGGAGGAGCCCUGAUGUCAGUGCUCCGACUCGAGAGGCUCCUCACCUCGGUACCCUGGAAGGGUUCUGAGAUGAUAGUGUGAGAACCCAUAGCUUCUUCAGUCUGCUCUAAAAUGUAGCAUCAAAGAGUCUGGAAGGCUGGGCGUGCCGGCCAGAAACAAAAGGCUUAAGAUGAAGCAUGAAACCAAAGACGACUGUCACCAUGGUGUUUUCUGUUUUGUUUUGUUUCUAAAACCAAGAACCCGAGAAAUUCCAAAGGCCUUAGGUUUGCAUUCAAGCUGAGGGAAGGAGAGUGUACUGCAGACAGGUAAAUGUGACCUUGUGCUAACGUUGUUUAGAGGAGAGUGUACUGCAGACAGGUAAAUGUGACCUUGUGCUAACGUUGU